AUGUGGAAUCCAAACGCAAUGGGCAACAGGCAGAUGGAGAAGAGGAUAGUGGUGGGGCGUGUGAGACCAACUUGGGCCCGAAAUUUACCCGAAGCAAGAGAUGAUGAUGAGAAAUCAGAUGACGUAGCAAUGAUGCCGCAUAGCGAUCCCCCUUCUCCAUCAGAGCAGUGGGACAGACAAGGAAAAGUGGAUGAUAAAUAUGAUGUCUUUGGGAAGGUUAUGUUGCUUGGUGACAGCGGCGUGGGAAAGACGUGUAUGCUCGUCCGCUUCCGGGACGGCACAUUUCUCGGCGGCAACUACAUUUCCACCGUCGGCAUUGACUUCCGGAAUAAGGUAGUCACAGUAGACGGGAUUAAAGUGAAGCUUCAGAUUUGGGACACCGCUGGGCAAGAACGGUUCCGUAGCGUUACACAUGCAUAUUACAGGGAUGCACAUGCCCUACUUCUGCUGUACGACGUUACAAAUAAAACUAGUUUCGACAACAUCAGAGCGUGGCUUGGGGAGAUACGGGAGUACGCCCAGGAUGACGUAGUAAUCAUGCUACUGGGAAACAAGUCGGACAGCGGCUUGGAGCGCGCGGUGAGGCGGGAGGAAGGGCAGCGUUUAGCUAGAGAGUACCAAGUCGCGUUCAUGGAGACAUCGGCGAAAACCGGGCUGAAUGUGGAGGCGGCCUUUGCCCACGUCGCACGCGCUCUCGUCGCCAAAGCGAACCCCGCGGACCCAUCUAGGCUUGCGGUGCGCGCGCAGCCGUCACAAGAGCAACGGUCUUCCUGCCCGCCAUGUACAUCACUGUGCUUGUCAUCUCGAGGCGAAUUACUGCCUAUAUUUCCUACCACCAGUUCGGAUGACUCGGAACCUCCUGUCCUUGCAUCGAAAAUCAAAGAUUGCGUGUCCGUUCAGAUAAACGAAAAUGACGAACUGCCAACUAAUGUCUGCAGGAAAUGCAUGGAUAAUGUCAAUAACUGGCAUACAUUCAAAACAGUCUGUGAAAGGACACAAAACAAAUUACAAUCUCUCAUUCAUAAAGAGAGCAGCCAUCUAGAAGAGAUUCAUAUAAAAACUGAACCAAAUGAAGCAUUGUCUGAUGGAGGUUAUGAUGAUGGAGUGGUUAUUGAUGUGUCAUACCCCGAAACUGAGAUCGCUGAGACUUCCAGUAAAAUUCAACCAGAAGGACCACCCAUUCUCGCUUCUUUGGGUCUUACACCAAGAAGUGAUAAGAAAAAUAUAGAUCCUCGAAUGGACUGGCACCGAGUCCAUGCGAUACUGGAUAUAAUAAAAGAAGAUGAAAUUAUUAAUUCUCUACAGUCCACUGAAGAAUGUGAGGUCUCUCACAUGUCAGACCAUGACUCAGACGUAGAAACUGAAUUAGAUCAAGAGGUACCUAUAGAUUGUCGAGAUUGUAAAGGUGGAUACAUAUGCAGAAACAAAGUUGUUUUAUUGAAAAAUCCUAAACCAAAUUUAAUGAAGAAUUUGGAGAAAAUUAAGGAAGUAAAGUUGCAAAACCAAUUAAAUAAUAAGAACAAGAACUAUCGUCAACCAAAAAAUGCAUGGCAGAUGCUAAUCAGUGAUGAUCUGUUAGAACUUAUAGUCACAUCCACAAAUGAAAAUAUCAAGAGAUCCUCUAAAAAUCAUACCACAGAUAUAACUGAAUUAAAAACUUUGAUUGGUAUUCUAUACUAUCAUGGAAUAAUGAGGCCAACAUAUCAAAAAUGCAGUGACCUCUGGGACAAUGACUAUGGACCUAUUUGCAUUCAGAGAACAAUGAAGUAUCAGCGAUUUAAGUUCCUAUUAGAGAACAUGCGUUUUGUAACCGAAGAUGAUGCUGCUGCAAUGCAAAUAGAUGCUAUGAAGCGUAUACGAAAAGUUUUUGAAAUAUUUGCUAUGAACUGUCGGACGUCUCUAGAAAUAGGAAAGACAGCGGUUAUUGAUGAGAUUAUACUGCCCGUACAUGGACCCUGUCCAUUUCGGUAUUCUAUGAAAAAGAAAAAUAUCAAACAGGGCAUGAAAUUAGUGUUGGUAGUCGACCCAAGCAAUUUCUACGUUAGUAAUUUGGAUGUCAUAACUGAUAGUUACUUUGGCAGCGAGGACAUUGUUAUAAAAUUAGUACAACACUUGGGAGGAACAGGGCGAAUCAUUAUUAUGGAUAGCUGGUUUACAUCUAUAGACUUAAUUGAUACUCUCAAAAAGGAAUACAAUUUAUUCAGUAUUGCCGCUUUGCACCCGAAGGAUCCUACAAUACCACCCAUUUUUCUAUCACAAUACAGAAAGUGUAAGCCGCUUAUAAAUGGCUUUUUUGACACUGAUAUGGUGCUGUCGUCUUGUGUCAGUUCUAAUUCUAAAGUAAUUAAUAUUUUAAGUAACGAACCAACUCACUACAAAAGGUUGCAUAUAGCCAAUUCAGUUGCAACCGAAUAUAAGAAGUACAAGUCAGCCGUAGAGGUCAUUGAUGUUUUGAUGCAUUAUUACACAACAAUGCAAAAUACAAAUGACUGGACUCUGUCUUUGUUUUUCAUGUUAUUGAAUAUUGCAUCUGUUAAUUCACAAGUUAUAUGGACUAUGAAUAAAACCAAUACUGCAAUUCAGCGCAGGGCAUUUAUUCGCAAGUUGGCUUUGAGUUUGAUGGAAAGUCAGGAGCCUAGAGAGGACUUAGCGGAAUUGCUCAUAAAACGACCCAGAUUAAAUGUUUUGAAUUCGAAUCAACAAACUUAUAGGAACAGACGACGUUGCCAGAUUUGUAAGCAGACUGCAAAAAAAGAUAGAAAAACUAAACAUGUUUGCAUUAAAUGCGGUACUUAUGGUGUUGAGAGUGAAAAGGAUGAAGACGAAAUGGAAGAUGAAGAGAUUACAUCAGAACCAGCUUAUCCUAGUGUGCCAGAAGUAUCAAUUACAGUAAUGCGUCCAACAGGUGAAACUCUGCGGGCCCGUCAGGGCAUUCAACAACUCGCUUCCAAAGACUGCCUCGUAUGUGGCCGAUCAUACAGAUACUCGCAUAAUGCUCGGCGUCACGAACUAAUGGCACACAAUUUCGACAGAUACACAAAUAAAAUAACAAAUAAGAAAAAUAAUAAUCGUAUGCAACCGAAACUACGCCCUAAUCCGUUUAAUCCGAAAGCUCGCUUAAUGCCAAAUCCAAUUAGCCAUAAAAUGCAACUACUUCCAAAGCAGCCGACGCCGAUUAAAAUAGUUCCACAGAAAAUACCACCGAAACCGAUUCCUAUCAGAAAUCUUAAAGCUAACCAAAACAAUUUACCAUAUCCGUUACGUAUUAAAGCAUUGAAGGAUUUGCAAAUCAAAAAGAAAGAACCGCAAAUAUUAAAAACUCUUCUCACCACAAAGCCGGAAGUACUAGUGUCUGAGCCAGAGAUUAUAAACUCGGGACCAGAAAGUCCCGAAACAUUGAUAUCUGAACCGGAAAUAGCUUCCUUUCAAGUUGAAACAAUUUUAUCAGAACCUGACGGUUUUAUAAAUCAAGAUGACACGGAAAAAGAAGAUCAGACUCAAAAUAAUAGCCAAAAUUAUGAUACAGUGGAAAUGGAUUCUGAAAAUGAAAUUGAAAUCGCGCGUGAGCGUGAAAACGAAGAGGACACUGAAAUGCAAAAUGAAAAUGAGGUAGAAGAAAAUGUUAAUGAAGAAGAUGACAUGGAAGAUGCAGAAACAAAUGAAAUUAAAGAAGAUCAAGAGUUAGAUAUGCAGAGAGAUGACAGUCAAGAUAAUGCUGAAGAGCAAGAUGCAGACCAAGAUCAACAGGAUUUGAAGGAAGAAAGCAAGACUGACGAAGAACACAAUGAAAGUCAGGAAAAUGAAGAAGACGACCAAGAUAGUGAACUGCCUCCGAUCGCACCCGUUGUCGAAAUUAAUGAAGACAUGCAAGGCAAUUCUUAUGGUGAAAUAAAUGAAGAGGAAGAACUGGAACUUGAUUACACAGCAGACCCAAACGACAUAGUGGACGGCGAUGACAAAGAGCUCGACCCCGACAAACAAUACGUCACCAAAACUCAGAGAGAUUUCAUCCAGAAAUAUCGCGAUAUAAUUGAACAAAUCAAUACUAAAACAUGUCUAUGUUGUAACAGAGAACAUCCGCGAAGAAAAGCAGUCAUUCAACAUCUGCAGAAGAACGGCCACAAAGUCCCCAAGCACACCUGUUACAAUUGUGUGGUUACCUUCAGUCAUAUCGGUGCUCUGCUGAGUCAUAUGAGGUCAAACACGUGCACUGAUCUCUGGAAAAUUAUCUACAACGAAAGCGGUAUCAGCGAUGAUCAAGUUCUCGAAGACGAACCGAAAGACCCGAAGGUUCAAUACAAAGACAUAUUCAAUGCUCGAUCCUACGCUUGUAAGCUGUGUCCUGCGAAGUUCCAAUUGAAGCAGUUUAUAAUGAAGCACGUUUUAGAUGUCCACGAAGAUGGGCAAUCCCAAGUUCACCUGGCUUGCGUGCACUGCGGGUCACGGUUUAAAGACAAAACCAUUUGGAAGAAACACAUUCGCAACGGCGAGUGCACAGUUUAUAUCGCAUGCGAUCUGUGCCCCGAAAAGUUUGGAAACAUGCAGGAUUUCAAUGAGCAUGCGUUGGCCAUUCACGCCGGUAACUUCGACCCAGACAGCCAGAACAAGUGUGUCGACGGUCGACCUACCGAUUGCCCCAUUUGCGGAAAGAAAAACAGCGGCUAUCCCAAUCUAGUGAAGCACCUUAAAAUUAUCCACAACGAAGAAAAGCCUCACUAUUGCCAGCAUUGCGACUCUAAAUAUGAGCAGGCUGCCGAUCUUAACAAACACAUUUACAUGGAGCAUUCGGAUAAAGCACUCGGGACGCAAUCCGAUCUGGACAUGUCGCUCGUUAAAGAAGAAUCCGAAGAGUACCACUAUUCCUGUACUGAAUGCAACGCCAUAUUCGAGACUGUCGACGCGUGGACCGAUCACCAAGUGGCCGAACAUAACCAGAUCGCACAUCAUUGCGAUCAGUGUGAAAAGAAAUUCUUGCGACCCUCAGAACUAGCGGAGCAUAAGAACACGCAUUUGCGAGUCAAGUUCUAUCCUUGCAGUGUGUGCAAUAAUUCCUACAGCACACCACAUAAAUUGUCUGAACACGUACAGCAGGCUCACCCCGGGUCGGCUGCUCUAAACGCAGGUGACACUGAGUUUUUCUGCGACAUAUGCGUGAGAGGGUUCAAAAGCCGUCAGGCAUUCUCAAACCAUAUGCGCAUUCACGCUAAAGUCCCGACUACAAAUAGAAAACCUGGUGAUUCCAAAGGCUUUUCUCCCCAAAUUAUUGGAAAACCGAUUCGCCACUUUUCCACCCUCCAACAGGGCUUCAGCCCGUUCAAACCCAAUUGCAACGUUCCUAACGCGCCAUAUUCCUGCGAUAUCUGCGGGAAAGGAUUCAUGCACAAGAAAAAUAUUUGGAAGCAUAAGAAGGUCCUUCACGCGGACCUCCUGAACGAUAGACACGACAGUGAAGAGAACACGAUGCACGCUUCUACAGAGGAAGACGAAUACAACGCCGACGAGAACGGAUCACUUCUCACUACACCGCAAUUUAACAGUUUCAAUUUCACAAGUAUGUCAUCGACGCCUCAAGAACCGACGCAAAGUUAUUCGUGUGAACUCUGUUACAAGCGAUUCCCACUAAAGACUAGUUUAUGGAAGCAUAAACGAGCUAAGCACGGAAUCAUUAACGCGUCCGCCUCCGACACGUCUGUGGAGGCCGGCAGCGGUCGGUCUAAUUGUACAAUAUGUAAAAUAUCUUUCGCCGACAAGAAGUCGUAUUAUAGACAUAGGAAAAACGCCCACAAAGCGGCGGUUCAAAUGUGCAAAAUAUGCGGCAAGCCUUUGAAUUCCACUUUGGAACUCUACGAGCAUUUGAAAUCGGCGCACGCGAGAGAAUUGUUGGGCUAUAACGCAUCGCAAGGAUCCAGUAAAUCGCAGGACAUCGGCCAAGAGAUGGAGAUGGAAUACGAAAUAGAAGAGACCCCGGAUCCGAGCGCGGACUACCAAGCCCGCUACCCGUGUGACACGUGCGGGAAGCAGUUCGUGGGACUAUUGGCGCUGCAGAAUCACCAAUGCAUAAACCAACUGCAACAGCAACCGCAAACGUUCGACUGCGAGAUUUGCCACAAGAGUUACACUUCGAUAGCGGCGUUGAAGAGCCAUCGCGGUUGGCAUUUGCGCUCGCCCGAUGGAAAAGCUGCAGCCAACAAUAGCGGCCUGUGGAUGCCUCAGAACAAAGUGACGAGUAAAGUGAGCAAGUACGAAGUCGUAGACGCCUCUCAACUGGCCAGAGUCACGCACGUCACUUCGUCCGCCUCAUCGUCGGUUAUCGCCAAACGUAGACUACCACCAGAGGUGGAAGUCACCGUCGUCAACCCCAACAAGAAACUACGUUCCGAUGAUUCGAUAGAGAUUGACCAUUCAACCAACAUGUCGACACCUGCAGACGACCGCUAUUGCAAUAUAUGCGACAGGGAAUUCACCAAACGAGCCGCUUACCAACGGCACAUGGACGAGGUCCAUCAGCCCAACUCAGUGUUUUGCCCCGUCUGCGACAAAAGUUUCACGCGGAAGUCCACUCUAAUCGUUCAUAUGAAGAAGCACUACGAUUCUGGGGAGGGAGGCUCGGGGGUGAACCCCCAAGAAGAUGGAAACGCGUGUGACGUGUGCGGCGAACAGUUCGACAGCGCGAACGCUUUGAACCUCCACCGGGAGACGCAACACGGGGAUGACGAAUCCGGCCCCGAGUCGGAGGAAGACGGCGCGGCUCCUUUGCCCCAACCCGGCGAGUUCACGUGCGGGCAGUGCGGAGACGGGGUCGCCACGCCUCGAGAUCUAAUAGCGCAUCGGACGAUGCAUUCGACUCCGACGAAGUUCAUUUGCAACAUUUGCAAGGUUUACUUCGCGAGGGCGAUCGACCUGUCGUCGCAUACGCGAGCGAGGCAUUCGGACAACGACAAAGUCUAUUUCCCCUGCGCUAUGUGCGAGCGCUUCUAUAUGAACAAAAAGAGUUUACAGCGCCACAUCGAGAUGGCCCAUUGA